UUCGAGUCGCUGGACCACUUCGAGGCGGCGGUGGAGAGCGCCGCCGGCGACCGGCUGCUCGUCGUCGACUUUUCGACGAGCACGUGCGUGCCCUGCCAGAAAUUCGCGCCGCAGCUCGAGCGCGUCGCCGAGUACUAUCCCGAGUGCUCCUUCUUCGCCGUCGUCGGCGACCGGUCCGACGUCGCCCGGCGCAUCGCGCGAUCCUGCGACGUCAGCGAGGUGCCGACGUUCUUCCUCUACAAGGACGGCGAGCGGCGGCGGCGGAUGACCGGCGGCAAGCUCACGUCCAUGGAC